UCAGAAAAAAAUCAGAAAAGAUCAGAAGAAAAUCAGAAGAAUAUCAGAAAAAUCAGAAAAAAAAUCAGAAGAAAACCAGAAAAGAUCAGAAAAAAAAACAGAAAAUAUCAGAAUAAAAUCAGGAAAGUCAGAAAAAAAUACGAAAAAUCAAAAAAAAAAUAAGAAAAAUACCAAAAAAUUCAGAAAAAAUAUCAGAAAAAGAUCAGAAAAAAUCAGAAAUAAGAAAAAAUCGCAUUAUCAGUAAAAAAACUUUUCCGUUAAAGGUGAUGACUGAUCAACAAGCUGCCAAGCUUCCAUUCAACCCAUUUGACCCCACCAAAAUUUGGUCUCAAAAAGAUUUUCCUUUAAUUGAUGUUGGUACAAUGACACUCAAUAGAAACCCAGAAAACUAUUUCCGAGAUGUUGAACAGGCUGCUUUUGACCCAGCUCGAAUGGUUGAAGGCCGUCUCUUUUCCUACCAAGACACACAAUUUUAUCGUUUGGGAGCCAAUCACAUGUUGCUACCAGUCAACUGCCCAUACAAAUUUAGAUAUGCUAAUGUUCAAAGAGAUGGGGCAGCACGUUUUGAUAAAAAUGGGGGAGGUUCUCCAAACUAUUUCCCCAACAGUUUUGGUGGGUAUAGAAUAGCUGGUGUUCAAAGUACCUGGAAUGUUGAUAAUGCAACUGUUGGACGUUACAAACAAGCUGAAGACUAUUUUGUUCAACCAGCAGAGUAUUGGAAUGUAAGCUUAAAUUUCUUCCUCCCUUUAAUUUUUUUCCUUCAUUUUCUGGCCUAA